AUGGAUCGGUUUAUCGGAAAAGUUAAUGUUGUUCUUUUUAGCCAGGAUUCUUCUGUUAUCUCUUUUGCAGAUGAGUUUGGUUCUCGGGUCUCAGUUGAGCCUAAUAUUGAAUUUCACGUAACGAUUAGCAAGGUUUAUAUUGGAUUAUUUAUUGUCAUUGGAGAUCUUCCUCUUCACUGUGGUGUCUUACCUCCGUUUGUGUAUGGAAAGGGACUCCACAACCAUUGGGUAUUAACUGAAGCCUGUCCUCCGACUUCAGGCUUGUGCUUGAUGCAAGAUUGGACCAUUUCGAAUUUCUACCUGAAUGACCUUGACCAUGAGAAUCAUCAGUUGAUUGAAGGUAUCAAAUUUCUGAUCUUGAAUAGAGAAGUUGGGAAUUUCUGGGCAAUUGCCAUCUCGGAAGGCUUUACGGGGUCUUACCUCGGUGACUUAACUCGCUUCUAUUAUGCUCAUUUGGAUGGUAUAACCAUUGCAGCAUUGGAGAAAGUAGCGAGGCAUGCAGUUAAUGCCAAUCUCUUGGAACAGCCGAGCUUCUAUGACACAUUAUGUGGGGAAGGUGUGUUUCACCGUAUAGGCAAUAACAGAUGUUUGGAGAACUCGACAGUAUAUUUCUUGAACAGAGACCUGUUUCUUUAA